AUGGAUAGAAUUACGUUUUGGGUUAACGGUGAAUUGUGCUCAGUUGGAUCCGAAGUGGAUUCAGACGAGACAUUAAACGAUUACUUGCGCAAGCGACUUAAUUUACGAGGAACAAAAUAUAUGUGCAAGGAGGGUGGGUGUGGAGCUUGUAUUGUUGUCGCCACUGCGCCUGACCAUAAUGGAUUUAAAAGGACUUUGUCGGUUAAUUCUUGUCUCAUACUAAUUUUACAAUGCCAAGACUGGGAAAUAACGACAAUCGAAGGGAUUGGUGAUAGGCAAAGAUAUCAUCCCAUCCAGCGGAGACUGGCCGAAUACAAUGGAUCCCAAUGUGGUUACUGCUCGCCCGGAUGGGUGAUGAGUAUGUAUGGAUUACUAGAAAGCCGCCAUUACGACCUUAAUCAAGCGGAAAUCGAAAAUUCUUUCGGAAGCAAUAAUUGCAGGUGCACUGGUUAUAGAUCGAUUUUGGAUGCGUUCAAAUCCUUUGCUAAAGAUGCACCUAAACCGAAAUUGGAAGACAUUGAAGAUUUAGCAGACUUUAAACGCAAUUGUAAAGACUGGUGUUUCGUUUCAAGUAAACAAUAUAAGAAGAUUCUAUUGAAAGACGAUCGAAUCUGGUACAGGGUUUAUAAGGUUACCGAUGUAUUUGAUAUAUGGAAACAGGAGAAGCAAUCUUAUAUGUUAGUGAAUGGAAAUACUGGGCGAGGUGCAAUUCCUAUAUUCGAGUUUCCCCAAGUACUUAUCGAUAUUAGUGCAAUAGAAGAAUUAAAAACACAUUACAUAGAUCAAAACUUGGUCAUCGGAGCUGGGACAACAAUUACCGAUUUUAUGGGAAUCUGUAAGAAAAUGGCUGACACUCACGAAGACUUUUCUUAUUUAAAUAAAUUUUACGAACACUUGGAUAAGGUUGCGCAUAUUCCUGUCAGAAAUAUAGGAACUAUAGGAGGUAACCUAAUGUUAAAACAAAGGGAUAUGCAAUUUUCAUCUGACAUAUUUUUGCUUUUGGAAGGAAUUGGUGGGACUGUUACUAUAGCAAGUGCACAGGGAAUUAUUCAAGCCACACCCCAAGAGAUGCUAUUAAUUGAUAUGAAGGGAAAAAUUAUUAUCAAUGUAAAAAUUCCACCGCUGUCUAAGCAUUAUAAAUUUAUUUCAUUUAAAGUUAUGUCAAGGUCUCAAAACUCGUUGGCCGAAGUCAAUGCAGCGUAUUUAUAUGAAUUAGAUGUUAAAGAUGAAAAAACUGUUAUAUCAGCACGCAUUGUUUAUGGUGGCUUAUCCAAAGAAUUCACCCACGCAAACAACACAGAACUAUAUUUAAUAGGAAAAAAUCUGUUUGAUAAUGAUGUGUUACAGAAAGCUUUAAAUCUUCUUGAAAAGGAGCUUAUUGUAGAUGAAAUACCAGUUAAACUUAAGCCAGAAUAUCGUAAGAAGGCUGCUUUGGGUCUAUUUUACAAGAGUUUGUUAACCAUUAUACCUCCAAAAUAUUUAAAUAAGCGCUUUGCAUCCGGCGCAAGCGAUCUUCGUAAAACAAGACCUCUUUCAAAAGGUUCAGAAGUUUACGAUACAAAUCCUACAUUGUGGCCUCUAAAUGAACCUAUGCCAAAAAUAGAAGCAUUAAUACAAUGUGCAGGAGAGGCAAAGUAUGCGGAUGAUCUUCAAACGCAACCAAAAGAGGUGUACUGCGCUUUUGUAACUGCCAAAAUAUUUAACGGAGAGUUUGAAAAGAUUGAUCCAUCGCUGGCUCUUAAUAUUCCUGGUGUCAUAGCGUUUUAUUCAGCUAAAGAUAUACCUGGAAAGAACUCAUUUAUAAGCAACACUGUAACAAGCUAUGUCAAUGAAGAAAUAUUAUCAGAUGGAAAAAUUAAAUUCUACGAUCAGCCGAUUGGAAUCAUUGUAGCAGAAACUGAAGCUUUGGCUAAUAGAGCCGUUGAAUUAGUUAAGGUUACUUACAAAAAAGCUGAAAGAAGGCCUUUAUUAGAAGUAAGAGACGUUAUAGCAGAGGAUCCGAGUCGAAUAACCCUAUUCCUAACGUUACCAGCAAGAGAAGCACCAGGGGCUGACAUUGACCGCAUAUUAAAAGGAACUGAAGAUAUCUUUUGGCAAUAUCAUUAUACAAUGGAGAAACAGACUUGUGUAACUCGCCCUAGUGAGGAUGGGAUAGAUGUGUUUCCCUCGUCACAAUAUUUGGAUAUGACGCAUUUAAUAGUGUCAGAAUCGUUGAACAUAGAACAAAACCGAAUUAAUGUGGUUAUAAACCGCGUUGGAGGUGCCUAUGGAUGUAAAAUUAGUCGCAGUGGAUUACUAGUCACCGCUUCUGCUCUAGUGACUCACCUGCUGAACAGGCCUUGCCGUUUUAUAAUGGACUUAAAAGCAAAUAUGCGUGUUAUAGGAAAACGAGUUCCAUGUCAUUUUGAUUACGAGGUUGCUGUCAAUAGGUCUGGUGAAAUUCAGUACAUAAAUUAUAAUAUAUAUGAAGACAUGGGUUAUAGACAGGGUGAUUUUAUCGGUUUUCUGGUUGUGUCUGCGAUGAGAAAUUGCUACGAUAAUAAAAGAUGGACUUGUAACAUUUAUAAUGCUUUCACGGACACGACUCCAAAUACAUAUGCAAGAAGCCCUGGUAGUCUAGAAGCUAUUGCUAUGACAGAGCAUGUAUUUGAACGAAUAUCAUAUGAAUUGGAUUUGGAUCCACUAGACGUAAGAAUGAAUAAUUUAAAAAAAGAAGAACAAGAAAUGUAUGAUGUUAUAGAGACAUUAAUUAAAGACAGUGAUUACCACAAUAGAAAGAUAGAAGUAGAGGAAUUUAAUAAGAAUAAUAGAUGGAUAAAACGCGGUCUACGUGUUGCUUUUAUGAGUUGGCCGGGUCCGACGAUGGUAGAUUUUCACAUCUUCAUAUCUAUUUACCACGGAGAUGGUUCUGUUAUUGUAAAACAUGGUGGUGUUGAAAUAGGACAGGGAAUAAAUACAAAAUUAAUCCAAACGAUUGCUUUCAUUUUUAAAAUUCCUAUAAACAAGAUAAAAGUUAAGCCGUUUGAUAACGCUUCUCUACCAAAUAACUUUUCUACUGUAGCUAGCCGAACCACACUAUCAGUGAGCUUUGGUGCUAUAAAAUGUUGCCAGAUUAUUAUGGAUCGUUUGGCACCGAUUAAGGUGGACGGUGAAGAUAAUCCGACAUGGGAACAAAUAAUACAAGCGGCGUAUAGGCAAGGAGUUAAUUUGCAAGCAAGUUAUCAUGUGACUACGGCAGACCAAAACUCACACAGAUCAGCAGGGGCUGCUGUUGCCGAAGUGGAAUUGGACGUACUUACAGGAGAGUCACAAGUACUCAGAGUGGAUAUUGUUGAAGAUGUUGGUACCAGUGUAAAUCCAGAGAUUGAUAUUGGGCAGAUUGAAGGUGCCUUUGUUAUGGGACUUGGUUAUUGGACAUCGGAACACAUGAAAUUUGACAUGAAAACAGGUGAACUGUUGAUAGAUCGUGCUGCAACAUACCAUAUACCUCUGGCAAAGGAUAUACCCAUCGAUUUUAGGAUAAAACUUAAAAGAAACCAUAAUACUGUUGGAACUUUGGGAAGUCGUUCGGUGUCUGAGCCAGCUAUCUGCUUAGCUGUGAGUGUAGCCUUUGCUUUGAAAGCAGCGAUUUCUUCCUCCAGAGAAGAUUCUGGCUAUCCACGAAACGAAUGGUUUAAAGUUGAUGGCCCAUAUACAUUGGAGGCUAAUGUUUUACAUUCAAACGUUAAGUUGGAUGAGUUUUUGUUCCGAUAA